CCCCGGAAGUUCAGGCGCAGAACCGAGAGUGCUUCGCGACAGAGCUGUAAAGGCAACUCGGAGCGGAGCAUGGCGCUGUAUUCGGCGGCGGCGGCUGUGCUGGCGGGCGUGGAGAGUCGCCAGGGUUCCAUCAAAGGGUUGGUGUACGCCAGCAGAUUCCAGAACGUGAAGCAGCUGUACGCGCUGGUGUGCGAGACGCAGCGCUAUGCCGCCGUGCUGGAUGCCGUGAUCGCCAGCGCCGGCCUCCUCCGUGCCGAGAAGCUGCGGCCUCAUCUGGCCAAGGUGCUAGUGUAUGAAUUGUUGUUGGGAAGAGGCUUUAGAGGGGGCGGGGGCCGAUGGAAGCCUUUGCUCAACCGGCACCAGGCAAGGCUUAAGGCUGAGUUGGCCCGGCUCAAGGUUCAUCGAGGUGUGAGUCGGAAUGAGGACUUAUUGGAAGUAGGAUGCAGGCCUGGCCCAGCCUCCCAGGUGCCUCGAUUUGUGCGGGUGAACACUCUCAAGACCUGCUCUGAUGAUACAAUCGAUUAUUUCAAGAGACAAGGUUUUUCUUACCAGGGUCGGGCUUCAAGCCUGGAGGACCUAAGGGCCCUCAGAGGGAAGUGUUUUCUUCUGGAUCCCUUGUUGCCAGAGCUGCUUGUGUUUCCUGCCCAAACAGAUCUGCAUGAACAUCCACUGUACCAAGCUGGUCACCUCAUUCUACAAGACAAGGCUAGCUGUCUCCCAGCCAUGCUGCUGGCUCCGCCCCCAGGUUCCCAUGUCAUCGAUGCGUGUGCUGCCCCAGGCAAUAAAACCAGUCACUUGGCUGCUCUUCUGAAGAACCAAGGGAAGAUCUUUGCCUUUGACCUAGAUGCUAAACGGCUGGCAUCUAUGGCUACUCUCCUGGCUCGGGCUGGAGUCUCUUGCUGCCAGCUAGCAGAGGAGGACUUCCUGGCAGUCUCACCCUCAGACCAGCGUUAUCGUCAGGUCCAGUACAUCUUGCUGGAUCCUUCUUGUAGCGGCUCUGGUAUGCUGACCAGAAAGCUGGAGGAGUCUGGGGCAGGUGCACCUAGCAAGAAACGCUUGCAUGCCCUGGCAGGGUUCCAGCAGCGCGCUCUGUGCCAUGCGCUCACUUUCCCCUCCCUGCAGCGUCUUGUCUACUCCACAUGUUCCCUUUGUCAAGAAGAGAAUGAAGAUGUGGUCCAGGAUGCCCUGCAGCAGAGCUCAGGAACCUUCAGGCUAGCUCCUGUUCUACCCUCAUGGCCCCAUCGAGGCCUUAGCACUUUUCCAGGGGCUGAACACUGCCUCCGGGCCUCCCCUGAGACCACACUCACUGGUGGCUUCUUCAUUGCUGUACUAGAACGGGUAGAGGUACCAAGCUCAGUCUCACAGGCCAAAGAAUCGGCACCAGAGCUUAGACCCAGCCCAGCCCCAAAGAGAAAGAGGAGGCGGUCUAAAGCAGCAGCUCCUCCUAAUACACUGUCUUGCAUAUAGAAGGAAACUAGUAACCCUGUUUCUCCAGCUGGAAAGACACUGGAUUUCCGAGUCCUUUGGGUCCCUUCCCAGCGCGGUGUUCUUGCUGGUGAGAGAAGUGCUGCCCACAAAAAUAAAAGGCAGGACAUGGUCUACAAUAGA